AUGACACUCCAAAUCACCACCACAACGAAUGUUUCUUCCUCCAUGGACAGCGAUUCUUUCAUGGAUCACAGGGACCUUUGGGUGAGCAAGAUCCUCCCCUUUCUGGGAAUGGGCAACUAUGCUUUCCUAGGUCCCGUCAACAAAAAGGUGAGAGAACUGUACUUGGACUACUGUGAAUCUGUGCAGCAUUAUCCACCUAUGGAAACCACUGAUGACAACGAACAGCCCACCGCCACCGGCAUGGACACGUUCUACAAUGCAGAACUCGUGGAAACCACAGUCUUGUUUCCUGUGGAUCCACCAAACCACGAAGACGGCCAACGCAUGGCCCAGUUGUACACGGGGAUGUUGGAAGAGUCUUCAAUACCCAGCACUGGCACAUUCUAUGGAUCUGUAUUCUACAACGUGUCGUGUGCCAACUAUUGGCAAAUUCAGGCCGAUUUAGACACCUCGGAAGUCAUUUGGAGGGUUUGCAGACACAGUGGUUUUCUGUGGGGCCAUUUGGAAUUGCUGAAAUGGGCCAGAGCCAACGUUGGUCCAUGGCAUUUGUGA